AUGAUCCUUGGGGCUUUCUAUAUUCUGCUUUUUACUACCGUUGGGAUAUGCAAGUCCAUAACCGAAGAUCGUGAUAUCACGGUGUUGUUUCAAAAUGACGGAAACUGGACAACACACGCCGACAAUCCCAGUGCAAUUUUGGUGCUAAGCCCCAGCAGUCACAGGGAUGCUGUUGAUACCUGUGCAUCAUAUGGCGAGGAGCUUCUAGACUGCAAAUAUUUCUCUGAAUUCUACCACCAAUUGCAAUACCAAGUAUACCUCGGAAAGGUUGAGCAGACCCAGACCAUAUGGUCUUCCUGCUCAAUGAGCCCCUUUACCCUGGAUGGCGCUGCAUCCCACAUGAAAGAUUCAAUAGAGUUGCCUUUCAUAUGCACAAACUCGGCACCGACAGUAACAAAAGUCGAUACGGACUUCUCAACCUUCUCACGCAUCAAUAUUACGAGCAACGGCACAAUAUUUGAAGGUCUGCACGACCACAUGGCCUUCCGAUUUAUGGAAAUCCCUUUCGCCAAGCCACCAACAGGAGCCCUUCGCUUCCAGUACGCACAGCCAUGGAAUGGCACAUACGUGGACGCGACGAAGUAUGGUCCAGCUUGUUUGCAAUAUGGACGGCUGAACGGGAAUCAACAGGGCUUCAACCCAUGGCCAAAACUAAAACCCGUUCUGUUUUGGAUUCAUGGAGGAGCCUUCACUCACAGAUCGGCGGUAGACGGGGUAUUCGAUGGAGCUAGCCUCGUUAGCCGUGGGGAUGUUGUCCUGGUUACAGUCAACUAUCGACUGAGCAUUUUUGGCUUCUUGGCCCUUAAUGACACCACAGUUACGGGUAACUAUGACAUGUCAGAUAAGAUUGAGGCUCUCAAGUGGGUGCAAAACCACAUCUCCGCGUUUGGUGGUGAUCCGAACAACGUUACAAUCUUCGGCCAAUCUGCAGGAGGCUCUGCUGUCAUCUCACUCAUACAAUCUCAAAAGGCUGCCGGGCUCUUUACAGGGGCGAUCGCGCAGUCAGCUGGGGGUAGUUAUGCUACUCCAUCUGCUGCCACGACUCAGAUCCUGCCGUUCAUCGACAACUUAUGCCCUAAUGCGACUGGGGAGGUUCAGACGAAUGUGACAUCGUGGACGUCAGUUGUCGAUGUCAUCUAUUUCGAGGACAUGUCCAUUGCGCAGCUUGCAAAGGGGCGGCAAUACGUCAACAAGGUCAAAUUUAUGGCAGGCUAUAUGCCGAACGAGUACCAAUCCCUUAUCGCCGAGGCUCUCCCUCCCAACAUCACCAGCCUUGAGGCAGGACUCAAAAUCAUGCAGCAUCCUGUAUCUCCCACGGAAAGGACAUCUAUGGGCAAUUCCUCAUCGCAAUACUCAUUCAACAAUGCGUACAACGCCACGGUGAACGUUGCGACCAAUGCCUUCUUAACCGGUCCAGGAAUCCAGGUUGCCCGGAUAGGGGCUGCGUCGUAUUCUUUCGAUCGGAUGUGGAUAUACAAAAUGGAGCGGGGAUAUGCGCUCUCAUACUUGAACCCUUGGGGCAUGUGCUCAUUCCCAGUCGGCCGCCCCGAGGUCCCUUACUAUAAAUGCCAUUCGAGCGAUCUUUACGAGGUCUUCGGAACGUACUAUCUCUCUGACCAGCCCAUCCGCGUUGACGAUGAUGUGUAUUACACCAACGCCAUCCAGGACAUGUGGGCAUCCUUUGCACGAACUGGGAACCUAAAUGUUGACAAGUCAUACUUGAUAGCCCGAGGGUAUAACUCCACUUUGGAAUUCUUCUCCAAUUUUGUCUGGCCUUCUUUCACUGCUAUCGCUCCCUAG